UAAAACUGCAGAAGAGCCAAAUGCAGAAUCUUCUCUUCGUGCCCACCUCAUCUUCACUUUGUUUUCUUCGCAAAAAUCCCACGACAAAUCUCUUAUCUCUUAUCCGUUAAUCUUGUUUUAACAAUCCUUUGCAAUUAUUAUCUCCUAAUUAAGCCAGUAUAUACAUACAUACAUUUUUUGUUUUUUGAUGCAGAGAAGAAUCUGACACAACCCUUUUCAAUACAGAGUAAUUUGUUUUCAAUCCAUAUUUUUCAUCUAUUCUAGAAUUUCAUGGUUUUGUUGUGAAUGAAUGAAUGGAGAGGCUGGAGACAUCAACCCAGCAAGAUAAUUCUGGUCCUAGUGCUAUUUCAGGAUCAGUUCCUUGUCUAUAUGAUCUCUUACGCUCAGAAACAGGAAGAGACCGAAGAGACCAACAGACAGUUUCUGGAACACAAGAACGAUUGGACAGUUUCUUGGAUCAAUCCGGCAAUAGACAAUGUGCAGAUUGUGGAUCUCCAGAUCCAAAAUGGGUAUCUAUAACUUUUGGAGUAGUAAUUUGUAUCAAGUGCUCUGGAGUACAUAGAAGCCUUGGAGUGCAUAUAUCAAAGGUUCUAUCAGUGAAGCUAGAUGAGUGGACGGCCAAAGAAGUCGAUACUUUAGUUACUCUAGGUGGAAACACCGUAGUGAAUGGGAAAUAUGAAUCUUGCAUACCUGUGAAUAUCAAAAAACCAAAACCAGAUUGCUCUGUUGAGGAACGCUCUGAUUUCAUCAGGAGGAAAUAUGAGUUACGACAAUUUUUAGUCUCAGCUGAUCAAAUGUCCUGUCCCUUCAUCCCUACUCAUAAGAGAUCAUCCUCAAACAGUGAUCACGAUAAGAAACAGAACGAAAAACAGGUCACCAAAAAUUGUAUUGGGCAAGCAUUUCGUAACAGCUGGGGAAGAAAAGACACUGAAAAUAACGCCACAAAACAGUAUAACUCAUCGGCAGGUAUGGUUGAAUUUGUUGGAUUGAUAAAGGUGAAUGUCGUAAAAGGCACCAACUUAGCUAUUCGAGAUGUGAUGACAAGUGACCCUUAUGUCAUCCUUGCACUUGGUCACCAAUCAGUGAAGACUCGCGUUAUAAAGAACAACCUUAAUCCAGUGUGGAAUGAAAGCCUCAUGUUGUCUAUUCCUGAACAUAUUCCUCCUCUGAAAGUGCUAGUGUACGACAAGGAUAAAUUCAAAAACGACGAUUUCAUGGGCGAGGCUGAGAUUGACAUUCAACCCCUGGUUGCUGCUGCUAAAGCCUAUGAGAAAUCAGCAAUCAACGAGCCAAUGCAGCUCGGGAAGUGGAUAGCUAACGAAGAUAGUACCCUUGUUAAAGAUGGUGUCAUCUACCUAAUUGAUGGCAAAGUAAGGCAAGAAAUCAGUCUUCGGCUGCAGAAUGUGGAGAGGGGGGUACUAGAGAUUGAGCUUGAAUGUGUUCCUCUUACACAAUAGCUAGCACAAAGCGAGUGUUAAGUACUGUCUCAAAAACCCUUGCAAUCAUGAUUUAAGAUUAGUUGGAGGGAUGCAUAAGCAGUUUGCUUGAUUUUCGGCGUCGCAAACGGGAUUGCUAAUUGCUAAAUAAAAAUCGAAAUUAAUGCAUAAAGCAACGAAAUCGUCAUAGUAUUGUUUAACUGCUCUGGAAGAAGUAUCUAUCCAUGGAUUAUUGUAAAAAGUCCCGAUCCUACACUAUAACAUGGAGAGGUUGAAAUUUGUAAGAGGGAAUUCUACGCUUGCAACAUGUAAAAUUAUAUGUUACUGACUUUCAUGAGGUUCCCAGCCCCGAAUUCAUCUAUAUUAAAGACACUAGUUUUACCUUUUCAAAA